AUGGGCUCUAAAACACUUGAAAAUGAGGGCCAAGGAGGUGGAUAUGCUCCUCCCAGCUCUACCAAACCCAAUGCCACUGGUGGAGAACCACGUGGAACCCAUCUUGCCCGCGAUGGCGAUGGUACCCUCGGUGAUGAUGAUGGUGGCGACGACGGCGACAGCGACCAUGACGCCCGCACUGCUUCCUUGUCGUUGAAAUCCGACCCUGCAGCUCCGGCUAAAUCUCAAAAGAAGAAACGAAAGAAGUCCAAGAAGAAGUCUUCUUCCAAACAGUCCUCACCGCCACGAGUCCCGCUCACCAAACUGUUCCCUGGCGGUAACUACCCGACCGGCGAACUGCUGAAAUAUGCGCCCAUCGAGAACACGGCUCGCACCACGGGUGAGGAGCUCCGGCAUGAGUCUCGCAACCGCCUUGAGGACGAGAACUUCCUGCAAAACUACCGUAGGGCAGCGGAGAUCCACCGUCAGGUUAGACAAUGGACGCAGCAGAAUGCUGCCCCGGGCCAGACACUCACGGAGAUUGCCGUAGGCAUCGAAGACGGCGUGAGAGCGCUGCUCGACAACGAUGGUCUUGGUACCGGUGAUUGUCUCGUAUCCGGAAUGGGUUUCCCAACUGGUAUCGCCCUGAACAACUGCGUUGCGCAUUACACGCCCAACCCCGGUCAGAAAGAAGUGAUUUUGAAAUCGAGUGACGUAAUGACAAUCGAUUUUGGAGUUCACAUCAAUGGCUGGAUUGUUGACAGCGCUUUCACUAUGUCAUUUGAACCAACCUACGACAACCUGCUUGCUGCCGUAAAGGAUGCAACAAACACUGGUAUUCAGAAUGCUGGUAUUGAUGUCCGCAUCAGCGAUGUUAGCGCUGCCAUCCAGGAAGCCAUGGAAAGCUAUGAGGUGGAGAUCAAUGGCAAAUUCCUCCCAGUCAAGGCAGUGCGAGGCCUGAGUGGACACAACAUCGAGCAAUAUCGCAUUCAUGGUGGUAAAUCCAUUCCUUUUGUCAAGAACAAUGACAACACCAAAAUGGAAGAGGGAGAGGUCUUUGCUAUCGAAACAUUCGGCACGACUGGCCGAGGCCACAUGUUUGAUGGUAUCGGUAUCUACGGGUAUGGAAAGGACCCGUCCGCGCCCAAGAAGAUCAAGACCCAUCUCGCCAGCGCCAACUCUCUGUAUCAGAAGAUUGAUGAGAACUUUGGUACAAUUGUCUUCGCUCGCCGUUAUCUUGAACGGCUAGGUGUCGAGCGAUACCUGGCUGGCAUGAACACCCUGGUAAAUCAUGGGGUUGUCGAAGCCUACAAGCCGCUUAUGGACAUUGAAGGGUCCUAUUCCGCGCAAUUUGAGCAUACUAUACUGCUGCGCGAAUCUAACAAAGAAGUCCUCAGCCGCGGCGAUGACUACUGA